AUGAAGCAGCUGGUGUAGACGGGGAUGUAGAAAGCGCAGAGUCUGGCGGAGCUGGUCCGCAUCUUGCAUUGGAUAUUCGCUGAAGACAAAGUCAGUGUGGAGGAAGUGCAAGCGCUCAUGGAGCCGUACGAGAACAACACCGAGGAGUGGCUGCAGUACGCCAAAUUUGACCAGUACAGGUAUACAAGAAAUCUUGUGGACAGUGGAAAUGGAAAGUUCAACUUGAUGAUCUUAUGCUGGGGUGAAGGGCAUGGCAGCAGCAUCCACGAUCACAGUGACUCGCACUGCUUUAUGAAGAUCCUCCAGGGAAAUCUAAAGGAGACUCUGUUUGAAUGGCCUGAGAAAAAAGGGAAUGGUGAAACGACUAAGAAAUUGGAAUGAGUUUUGAGGGAAAAUCAGUGCACCUAUAUUAAUGACUCCAUUGGCCUGCACCGUGUGGAGAACAUAAGCCACAUGGAGUCUGCUGUUAGCCUGCAUUUGUACAGCCCAUCCUUUGACAGCUGUAACACCUUUGAUCAAAGGACUGGAUACAAGCACAAAGUUAAGAUGACAUUCUAUAGCCAGUUUGGAGAAGGGACUCUAUGUGCAACAGCAGUGCCACAAGAGAACAACUGA